GUGAGAGCUUGCAAGAGACGCCUUUCAUAGGUAGGCCGGCGCGAGAGGGUAGGGAACCAGCCAAUGGAGGGCCUGAGAUCCGAUGCUAACAACCAAUCAGUGGAGGCGGCGGCUAAUAUUUGAAUCGGAGGAUCGGCGGAAACCGUUGGGGUGGCGCAGUAGUAGUUAGAGGUCCUGUGUGGAGUUGAGCAGAUAUUUAUUUAUUGAUUCGUCCAAUACGUGAGAAAAUAAUAAGAUGGCUACAAAUUUUGCUACUCGAUACAAAAAGGACCUGAGCAAAGAGAAUCUCAAGACGAAACUAGUCCGUCGAAAGUCCCUUUUUCAGAAGGAGAGCAGACAGAAGGAGUUUAAUAAAGGCAGGCAGUUUGGAGUGAUUGAUGUCAAUACACAGCCAUCAAGAGACAGGGAACUUUCUCUGCUUGAGGAGUCUGGGGAAGGGCACUUGCUGAGAAGCAACAUAAAGCCAAGCCAGAUCCCAAGUUCUGCAGCUAAGACUCGUGAACAGGAACGCUUGAAAAUGCUGCAGCGAUACAAAGCUGAGAAAGAACUUCGCAAGUUAAAACAGCAGAGAGAGAAACCCACAUUUAAAUGUGGGCUAUUCAAACCAGAGGCUUCUGCCUUUCUGCCCAAAUCAUCACAUAUCCCAAUAUUCAGCAAGCCCAAGGAGAAGGAAGUGCUACCUCCAGUGCGGAUAACAAGAUCAAAGGCAAAGAACCAGUUGCAAGAACCAGUCGGACCACCAGCUAGAUCACACCUUUCAGUGGUGGCCCCAAGCUAUACCAGCAAGAGCUGCAGUCUGCAAACAGAUCAGCAUAAACUGAAGCAGAUCUACAUAGACAAACCUGCCCCAAAGGAGAGCAAAGGGGUGCAACCUGCAGCCUCCAAAGCCACAGACGGAAGAACUACAAGGACUGCAGCUGCUCCUCUGACCAAAAUACCACAGAUAUCACGGCCAGCUACAAGUGCACGUGAUCAGUCGCAGAAAAAGGCAACAAAUAAAGGAAAGCUGCAGAGAGUGGUUAAAAAUCCAGCGGCAAUGGCAACAUGUGGUAUGAAAGAGAAUACUUUAGUGGAGGCUGUGAAAGAAGGAGCGAUCCUCCAUAUCACAUCUGCUACAGACACUGACCAAGAUAAGUCCUCCCUGGAGAAAGAAAACCUUCCAGCGCCUUGCAUCCUGGCUCCUGCUCCACCAAAGAGAACACGCUCAUUUGCCCCUCAGAACUUUGUGUUUAAGCCUCUGGAGGGCUUGACAACCUACAAAGUUAAACCAAUGAGCCCUACCAGGGCAAAUGUGUUCUUAACACCCUGCUGGGGUCCCAGAAAGACCACCUGCAAAGACCCUGAAGACGGUGCAGUGGAAAUGGUGCCACAGGACUGUGGUCUAAAAAAAGAGUUCUGUAACCCAGAAGUGACUAAGGAGGAUCUUCAGGAAUGUCCGUCUUCACUGGAAUUGGCAGAUAUUAAAACAGAAUGUGCGCCUAAUGAGAUGAUGCAUGCUCUGCAGGGUGCGAAUCUGCCAGCAAAUGACUCAGCAGGAGAGCCCCUGCACAACGUGCCCUAUUUCAGAAACCUUCUUCAGUGUGAGACACAGAGGCUGAAAUCACAUUGUCUUGAAUGGGAAGGAACUGCUGAGACAGAUAUCCCCCAGGAUGCAAAAGAUCUGGUCCGUACAACCAUUGGGCAAACCAGGCUGCUGAUAGCUGAAAGAUUCAAGCAAUUUGAAGGACUGGUGGAUAACUGUGAGUUCAGGCGUGGGGAAAAGGAGACAACAUGUGGAGAUCUGGAAGGAUUCUGGGAUAUGGUGAACUUCCAAGUAGACGAUGUAAAGAAAAAAAUUGAGAACUUGAGGAAGCUUCAGGAGAACGGAUGGCAAAUGGUGGAUGAUGUCCAGUCCAAGAGACCCGUCAAGAAGAAGGCAGCCCCUCCGAAGGCAACUAAAGCUGGGGGUGGGACUGCCGAAAGGAGAGCAGCCCGAAAGCGCCUUGCCGCUAUAAAGGCAGCUGUGAAGAGCAGGGUGAGACAGAAGGAGCUGGAAACUGAAGCCGUAGGUCAAGAAAUGCCAAAGGAAGCAGGAAAAGUGAUGUUUGAUGGAGGGUUUUUCCGGAUUGAAUCUCCUUCCAAACCCUUCCCAGGCCGGACACCCAAAUCUGCAAGCAGGAUUUCCAGGCAGAUGACUCCAAGAUCUGCCAGCAGAUCCCUGCUUAGGAGUUGUGCAGGUAGCUGUGUUGUGAGACUGGGCACAGCAACCGCGUCCAACACCAUUCUUCCUAAAGCAGACGUGGAUGUAUUUGCGGAUCCUGCUGGAAGUGACCUUGGAUGCAUUUCUGAACAAAGUGACAUCCAAGCCCCAGAGGAACCAUGUGCUGCAGCCGAAGGCGUGGCAAAAGCUCCUGGCCUGGAAGAUCCCAGUGUUAAAAUGGAAGACCCAGAAAUUGCAGAAGAGGUGAUGGAGAUGGCGGCAGAUCUGGAUGAACAGAAUGUUCUGUGCAGUCAUGAGGAUUCCCAGUGUGAAGGAACAUGCUCUCCCACUGAAGAGUUGCACACCCCAGAAUGUAAAACAGGCCUCCUUCUUGGUGACUUCUCCUGUGACGAUGGGAUGCCCGGUCUCCAGCCAAACCUGGAUGGCAGCCUUUUCUUCACCCCUCUGAGGAACAAAGCUGAGAAAUUUGUGGCAGCCGCUUCGUGCAAUGACCUCAUUGUUUUUUCUCCCCUUUCUUUCCCGGAUGGGGAGAAAUAAGGGGCUGGACUACUGCAGUCUACUGGGGCCAUGCCUUGCUCAACAACAGCAGCAUCCACAGGGGAGUGUCUCUUGACCUCGUUAAUUUCUAGUUUCACUACAGAAUUAGUAGUGGUAUAAUGUACUUGUACUUUAAAUGUAAGUGUCUUGAAGAUGGGUGCUUCUGCCAGAGAACUCCAAGUUAUGCAAUGAAGAAUGAGGGCUAGAAUCUUGCAUUACCCAAAUGUUUGUGUUGUGUCGCUUGCAAGGGCUUCUAUUCUGAAUGGGCCUGACCGCACCAGGGGGCAAAACAUUUUGAGAUUCAAAAGUCUGUAAAUAAAUGUCAUGGUUUGUGUGAGAGAGAUUAAUUAUAGUGGUGUCUGAUAUUUUCUUUUACUAAAUUUGUACUUCAAUAUCCAUUGAAAUUAUUAAAAAUUAAAUAACUUGG